GGGAUCUACGUGCGUUCAAUCUGGCAAUGCUGGCAAGACAAGCAUGGAGGCUGCUCCAAAACCCCUCCUCUCUUUGUGCCCAGGUUCUUUCAAGUAGAUACUACCCAGGAUGUUCAAUUCUGCGGGCGAGACCAAGUAGUGGCAUUUCUUAUGCAUGGCGCAGCAUACUAAAGGGUGUUGAGCUGCUGAGAAAAGGAAUCAUAUGGAGAGUUGGGAAUGGCAAGGAUAUUGACAUAUGGAGUGACCCAUGGAUUCCGAGAGGUAACACCAGAAGGGUCGUCUCCCAUAGGGGCAAUAAUUUGAUAACUAAAGUCAGUGAGCUAAUUAACCCAAUCACCAACAAAUGGGACGAAGAACUAGUGAGGCAAACUUUUACCCCGGAAGAUACAAAGUGUAUCCUUCAGAUCCCAAUCCAAGAUCAUCUCGAGGACUUCACGACAUGGCACUAUGAUAAAAAAGGUAUAUUUUCAGUAAAAUCUGCAUACAAAGUAGCAAUAGAUUGUGCAGCUCGAGAAUCUCUCUCAGGUCUAACAUCUACCUCAAGUGCAGCUGAAGAAGAUGGUGGAUUUGACUGGCUUAAACUAUGGACAAUGCCCCUCCCAAACAAAGUGCUCCAUUUUUUAUGGAGGCUAGCAACCAAUAGCUUACCGUUGCGAACAAAGCUACAAAACAGAGGUACAGGAGAAAGGGAAGGGGAUAGCCCAACAGCCAAAGCAAAAGUGGACAAGACCAGCUUCAGGAAUAUUGAAGAUCAACACUGAUGCAGCUUUUCACAGGAUUUCCAAUGAUGGAGGUUGGGGAUUUAUCAUUAGAAAUGAUCAAGGUAUAGCUGUAGCUGCAGGUGCUAGCAAACUGGAACAUAUGGCUGAUGCUUUCCAAUCUGAAGCAGUGGCUAUGUUGUAUGCAAUAAACAUUGCUAGCCAAAUGGGCUGUGAUAGAGUGAUGUUUGAAACAGAUUCUACACAGUUAAGAAGGGCUGUGUCUACUGAGGAAUAUGACCUGUCUGCACUAGGGGCCAUUUUCAGAGAGAUUAAAUUUCAGUUACAUGUAGGUUUUUCAGAUGUAUGUGUUGUAAACUGUUCACGAACAUGUAACCGAGUGGCGCAUAGGCUAGCAGCGUUUGGAGCAACAUUAAACUCUGGUGCAUGUAUUACUUGGCUGG